AGAAAUGUUUGUGCACAUCCUUAAACUUAAUCGGUGAUGGGUAAAUGUUAUUUUCAAAUCGUUCAUUUAUACCAGUGUGAGUGACCAAGCAGGGUGCGCUUCUCGUUAGCGAAGGAACUUUAGGGUUACGAGUGUCUUUACGGUGCAUCUUUCCUAGUUCGGUAGAUGUAUCAUGCGUUUUCCCAAAAACACCACGACAACGUUCGGUAGGUGCGUCGUUAAGGCAUGUGUAAUAAAGGCAGCGCUCAUCUCGGAAAAAGUCCCUGGAGUCCAUCAACUCUCGGCUUCAGCUGGUGAUGAAGAGCGGUAAAUACGUACUGGGCUACAAACAGACUCAGAGGAUGAUCCGCCAGGGCAAAGCCAAGCUGGUCAUCCUGGCCAACAACACACCUGCCCUCAGGAAAUCAGAGAUAGAGUACUAUGCUAUGCUGGCUAAGACUGGGGUCCACCACUACAGUGGGAACAACAUAGAGCUUGGCACAGCCUGUGGAAAGUACUUCAGAGUCUGUACACUGGCCAUCAUUGACCCUGGGGAUUCAGACAUCAUCAGGAGUAUGCCUGAUCAGCCACAGGGGGAGAAGUAGUCUGGCUGAGUCACUUCUUUCUCUGUAGAUGUGUUUUUGUUAAAUAAAUCGACUUCAAGAUCA